AUAAUUCAUAGCUUAUUGUUUGUUAUUAUUUUAAUGACAUUAUUUUAUUUAAUUAUUUUCUUAACUAGUAUUGAUAAGUAUAAUUAUAAUUUUAAUCCACCUUUUUGUCCGUCAUCUCCCAGAAGGAUACUUUCAAAAUAACAUAUCUAACACUUAAACUCAAAAAAUGUAUUUGUUUUAGUGCAUUUUUCCGAAGAAUUACAUUAUGAAAUUUCAAGUAAUUAAAAUUCUUAUGCAGUACGAAAAACUGUCUGAAUAUUUUAUUAAAUAAAUAUAAAUAUACCUGAAUUGUUAAAAACGAAGUAUUUAAUAAAAUUUUUGUUGAAAUAUUGAGUCCGUCUACAAAAAUCAUUCUCUUUUAAAGUUAUAUAGUGGAAGCUGAGCUAGUGAUUUUUAAGUUUAAUACACGAUUAUAGACAAAGAUUUUGAAUAAAACAGAGCAUAAUAAUAAUGGGAUUUUUCUAUACAACUUUGGCAAGAAUCACCUAAAAUAAUCUUUGAUCUUUAGAAAUCAUAACAUUCGAAUAAAAUAUUUACGGAAAAACAAACUUUGAUAUUUGAAACUCAAAAAAUUUUUAAAGUAUAAUAAAGUUUAAUUAAAAAAAUUUUAUUUAGUCAAUUAUAUUCUUUAUCUACUUAAAAUCAUCAUACAUUAACGGCAGCCUAAUCGUUUUUUGAAUUAUCCAUUAAAAAUUUUAUAGCUUUGUAAAUUUUCUUGAAUCUUAAUAAUCAACAUUUCCUCUUAAAUUUUCCAUGACAUUAAAGAAAAUAUGGAGUGUCAUCUUGUCACCGUGUACUUGCUUCAAUAAAAACCGACAAUAAAUACAGUCAGUCAUUAAUACUUAAUCGUGUUAUCGCGUAACUACGAUUAUUAUCAUCAUUAUAUACAGUACUCACUCGAGCCGCUUACCACUACAUCGACAAUGUAGACACGAGUCAUACAAUGCUUCAUGAAUUCACAGUCACUCUGAAUCGCGUCUAUCAGUUACACGUUCCAGUGACUCGUCACAUUAAAACUUUAUUACUAAAACAUACAAAGUAAAUCAUAAUCAAUAAUAUUUCGUAUUUUAAAUUGCUCGCACUUAAAAUAGUGAACUCUUACAUUUUUUCAUACUGACAACAUCGAAACUUUUAUAAAUAACUAGAAGAAUUAACAGACAAUUAAUUAAUAAAUAGAGUCAUGACGCAAUAUAAAGCGUAAUCUGAUCAGUUGUCAACCGUUCAUCUAAUUAUAUACUACUGCGUCAUAAGUAUAAUUGUUAGUUAAAUUUGUAAACAUGACAACCUAACCUCAAAAAAUUAUUAAAUUAUCAAAAAAGAUUUUAAAAAAUUUUUAAUUUUUUGAAAUAUUUUAAUGAUGUGAAGGUAAAACUUGAAAAUUAAUUGACAAUUAUGAUCGCCGAAACAAUUAGUGCAAUAUUAAUAAUUAUUGUUAUUAUUUACUACUGGUCUAUAUCAACGUACGGUUACUGGCGCGAACGCAAUGUAAGCGGCCCGAAUCCAUUACCACUGGUGGGUAACUUCAAAGAUGUACUUCUGGGUAAAAAAUCAUUCGGUCGCUGGCUUGACGACUUUUACGAUCAAUACCCGUCGGAAAAAUUUAUAGGAGUGUUUAUUCGUCGCCAGCCAUUGUUGAUAAUAAAAGACUUGGACAUCCUUAAAGAUAUAUUCAUCAGAGACUUUUCAAAGUUUCCCGAUAGGGGACUCAAGACUUUCGAGCACGCGGAGCCACUAUCGCAGCACUUGGUGAAUCUAGAGCACACGAAAUGGCGGCCACUGAGACACAAACUAUCCCCUGCUUUCACUUCAGGAAAACUGAAGGAAAUGUUCUAUCUAUUGGAAGAAUGCGGGGACAAGUUCAAGGUCUAUGUCGACAAAAUGGUGGCUGAAAAACAUGCGGAAGGAAUAAUCGAGGUUAGAGAUUUGACUGCACGAUUUACGACAGACGUUAUAGGGACGUGCGCAUUUGGACUGCAACUGAAUGCAAUGGCGGAUGAAGAGAGCGAAUUCCGCAAAAUGGGAAAGUACGUUUUUCACAUUGACUGGAAGAAGCUCAUCAGAUUUAGGAUCCGAGAGGGCGCUCCUUGGCUGUACAAGCUGCUGGCACCUAUUAUGCAUGAUAGCAAGGUUACUAAAUUCUUUACGAGUAUUAUGAAGGAAACUAUUGCUUACAGGAAGGCCAACAAGAUCGUAAAACAUGAUUUUAUUGAUUUGAUAAUGGAGCUACAAGAUAAUCCCGAAAAAGUGGAUAUCAAACUUACUGACACCCUGCUUACGUCUCAGUUGUUUGUGUUUUUUUUGGCUGGGUUCGAGACUUCUUCGACGACGAUGAGCAACGCGCUUUAUGAAUUAGCGCAGCAUCAUGAUUAUCAGGAUAGGUUGAGGGAAGAAAUCAAAGUAGCCAUUGAAGGAAACGAAGGAAAGCUGAGUUAUGAGCUCGUUAAAAACAUGAAGAUUAUGGAUAUGGUAUUUAAAGAAACAUUGAGAAAAUAUCCACCAGCAACAUUCUUGGUAAGACGUGCAGACGCGAACUACACGUUUAGUAAUACGAAUGUCACAAUAAGAAAGGACAUAAGAGUAAUGAUUCCCGUGAUGGCGAUUCAUCGCGAUCCAGCGAUUUACAGAGAUCCUGAGCGGUUCGAUCCUGAAAGAUUUUCUGAUGACGAAGUUGCAAAGAGACAUCCUAUGAGUUUUCUCGCUUUUGGCGACGGACCGCGGAAUUGUAUUGGUGCGAGAUUUGCGAAUCAUCAAACUAAAGUUGGUCUCAUUAAAAUUCUCCAGCAUUUCAAAGUAGACGUGUGUAAAAAAACAGAAAUACCUUAUGAAGUAAAUCCUCGAAGUUUUUUGCUGGCUCCAAAAAAUGGAAUUUAUUUACAAUUUUCUAAAAUUUAAGUUUUUAUGUUUAUAUUAAGAGUAGUAUCAUUGAUUUAACGUUUUGUCACUAAAAAUGAUUAAUAAAUUUAUAAAUAUGUAACUGGAUUUUAAAUCAGAGAAGAUAGUUAUGCAUUUUCUCCCCUCCGGGC